AUGGCGGUGGCGUCGACUCCGCCUCUGCAGCUUGUCGUAGCCGCGCUUCUUGCGCUGUCCCUGUCCACUACAGCGUCCUCGUCGCCUGCGCCGGCGAACCGGAGCAGCUGCUACAAGCGUCUAUUCAGCUUCGGCGACUCUCUGACCGACACCGGCAACUACAUCAUCCACUACUCCAACGCGUCAGGGCCCGUCCUAGCGCUGCCAUACGGCGAGACCUUCUUCGGCCACCCCACCGGCCGAUGGUCCGACGGCCGCCUCAUCAUCGAUUUCAUCGUGGAGAGGCUGGGGUUCCAGUACUGGCCGGCGUACCUGAAGGGGGCAGCCGGGAAGUCGCCGGCGGAGGAAUUCCGAACGAUGGACCUGCUUACCCCGAGCCCGAUCCCCCCUUACUCCCUCGGCGUCCAGAUCGACUUGUUCAAGAAAGUGCUCGCCAUGAUUGCCUCCACGGACCAAGAGAGGAAUGAGGUGAUGGCGAGCUCGCUGUUCCUGGUGGGGGAGAUCGGCCUCAACGACUACAACCACCCCUUCUUGCAGAACAAGACCAUGGAAUGGGUCAGGCCCCUCGUGCCCCAGGUCAUCAGGUCCAUCGUUCUGUCCAUCGAGGCUCUGAUCGAGCUGGGCGCCAAGACCAUGUACGUGCCGGGCAUCUUCCCGCUGGGGUGUACCCCGCUGUACCUCUCCCUCUUCCCCGGCGACGACCGCGACCCUGCCACGGGCUGCAUCCGGGGGCUCAACGACCUCAUCCUCGUCCACAACCACAUGCUGGAAGCCAAGCUCGAGGAGCUCCGCCGCGACCACCCCAGCGUGUCCAUCACCUACGUCAACUGCUUCGACAAGGAAAUGGUGCUGGAGGCGUGCUACCCCGUCUUCAUUUCCGGGUCGGCGGCGGUGCCGUGCCUGGACCCCUCGAGGCACGUGAAUUUCGACGGCCUGCACAUGACGGAGGCGGCGUACAAGCUCAUGGCCCGCGGGAUGCUCGACGGCCCGUUCGCCGCGCCGCCUAUCAUGUCCACAUGCAACCACAGCUGCUAG